AUGGGCUGGAUUCCUUGGUCUUCCGGCGACCCUAACAAAGCUUCCGAUGGCGGCCGCAUCGCCCCAGACCGCAGCAGUCGCGCGCGCUGCUGGGAAGCCCGUGAUCUGUUCUUCAGCUGCUUAGAUCGGAAUGAUAUUCUGGAUGGAAUUAAGAAUGACAAGGAAGCUCGGCAAAAAUGUGGAAAGGAGGUUGCUGAGUUCGAAGCGGCUUGUUCUCAAACAUGGGUCAAGUACUUCAAGGAAAAGCGCGUGAUGGAAUACAACCGGGAUCGAACCAUCCAGCGCAUCAAGGCUGAAGAUGCCGCGAAGGUGGAGGAGCUCAAGUCUAAAGGCCAGAUACCGAAAUAA